GCGGCGGGCUCGGGCUCGGGCUCAGGCUCCGGCGCGGGGGGCUCGGGCGCGGCAGGCGGCGGCGGCGGGGCGCGCGAGGGCGCGCGGGUGGCGGCGCUGUGCCUGCUGUGGUACGCGCUGAGCGCGGGCGGCAACGUGGUCAACAAAGUGAUCCUGAGCGCCUUCCCGUUCCCGGUGACCGUGUCGCUGUGCCACAUCCUGGCGCUGUGCGCGGGGCUCCCGCCGCUGCUGCGCGCCUGGCGCGUGCCCCCCGCGCCGCCCGUCUCGGGCGCGGGGCCCGGCCCGCACCAGUCGCCCGGCCCGCUGCUGCCGCCGCGCUUCUACCCGCGCUACGUGCUGCCGCUCGCCUUCGGCAAGUACUUCGCGUCCGUGUCUGCGCACGUCAGCAUCUGGAAGGUGCCCGUGUCCUACGCGCACACCGUCAAGGCCACCAUGCCCAUCUGGGUGGUCCUCCUGUCCCGGAUCAUCAUGAAGGAGAAGCAGAGCACCAAGGUGUACUUGUCACUCAUCCCCAUCAUCAGUGGUGUCCUGCUGGCCACUGUCACCGAGUUGUCUUUCGACAUGUGGGGGCUCGUCAGCGCCCUCGCUGCCACGCUGUGCUUCUCCCUGCAGAACAUAUUCUCCAAAAAGGUGUUGAGAGACUCGCGGAUCCACCAUCUGCGGCUGCUCAGCAUCCUGGGCUGCCACGCCGUCUUCUUCAUGAUCCCCACCUGGGUCCUGGUAGACCUCUCGGCUUUCCUGGUCAGCAGCGACUUGACCUACGUCUCCCAGUGGCCCUGGACGCUGCUGCUCCUGGCCGUCAGCGGCUUCUGUAACUUCGCCCAGAAUGUCAUCGCCUUCAGCAUCCUCAACCUCAUCAGCCCCCUCAGCUACUCAGUCGCCAACGCCACCAAGAGAAUCAUGGUCAUCACGGUGUCCCUGAUCAUGCUGCGCAACCCGGUCACCAGCACCAACGUCCUGGGCAUGAUGACGGCCAUCCUGGGGGUGUUCCUGUACAACAAGACCAAGUACGACGCGAACCAGCAAGCGCGGAAGCACCUCCUCCCCGUCUCGGCCGCAGACCUGAGCAGCAAGGAGCGGCACCGGAGCCCCACGGAGAAGCCCCACAACGGCCACCUCUUCCCGCAGCACGGCGGCUACCAGUACGGCCACAGCAGUGCCCUGGCGGGCCACUUCCAGUACAGCAGCCGGCAGGGCUACCCGAACUCGCACAGUGUGAACCGCUACGACGUGUAGAGCCCGGAGGACAGGAGCGACCGGGCCGUCGCGACUCCCUCCCCCGCCCCCAGCAGCAUCAGGAACUUCUGACAGCCAGCGAAUGCACCACCCGGCGCGGCCAGGGGACACGCGGAACUUCCUGACAUCGGGAGACCUUGGGGACAGCCGCAGGCUCCGGACAGAGGCAGAUCUAAACGGGGAGACCGGCGAGACCGGCGUUGGACGCUCCCUCUUCCUGGAGUCUGUCGCCUGAGCGCCGUGUCCCUGCGGAGAUCUUGGCCAAGUUGUACGUUUCGGUGUGGAGUUACCCCCAAGCAGCGCAUCUGGGGGCUCUUGUUCUGCCACACGGAUGGCGUUCAGGGCCGCCGUGGGAGCGACCAUGGAGCUGGCGGGAGGUGGCUUCUGGGGGGGGCUUUCCCUCCACGACUCAGAUGCGGGUGACGCAGGCGCUGAGCGGACGAGGAGCCUGUUCACUCGGACGUUGCCAGCCCCGGAGACGGCCCGGCUUCCCACCCAUCCCGUGGCCGUCUGCAGUCCCCGGCAGACGGUCCACAGUGCAGAAGCUGUCGCAGUUGGCGUCAGCUUCCUGGAGCUGGUUCCUGAGCCUGCGAGUGAGAGCCGGACGAGAGCCGGCCGCCCUGACCCAGAGGGCAGGCACGGCCCCUCCCUCCGCCCUCUCCUCCCUUGCCAGAGCAGAGCCCUUAUCCCGGGCCGGGAAGAAGGAUCGAUCUUUGAGGAAUCAUGUUCAGUACUUCAAGCUCUACUUAGGUGGCACUUGUUGUUUCUGCAGAAAAGUCUUCACUGAUUCUUGAAGACUGGGUAGGACGUUUGAUAGGGAGGUCUUGAUUUUAUGAUGAUGUCGCAUUUUUCUAAGGGAAAUUUUGUAGUUGUGUGUUUGUGUUUCUGUCUCGAUCCCCAUGAGGGGAUGACACGUUAGGACUGGCUUGUGGGUCAAAAACGGUUUUGUUUCUAAAUGUUUAAAAACAUGAAAAAUUCCUAUUCGUGAUACCUGUCUGACAAAUUUUGGUAUUUAAUAGGGAGCAAUGAAGUAGGGAUUGUUUUGUUUUAUGUUUUAGAGAUAGGGUCUUGCUAUGUUGCCCAGGCUGGAGUGCAGUGGCACCAU